AUGGGUUGUAUUCGUGAACGACAAUUUUCAACAGAUUCUGUAAGUUCAAGAGGUGCACCACAUAUUGAUGAUGCUGUUUUUGAUCUGUAUAGAAAUCCGGAAUCUGAAACUUUAUCAUCAUCUGGUUUAUUAAAGUUACUUUAUGAAACUGGAAUUAGACGUGAUGAUCCACGUUUAGCUAAUUUUUUACAUGCAAUACGACAUGAUGAACGAAGACAUUCCGUUUUGGAUAUAACAUCCAAUGAAGUUAUAAAUGAAAAUUUGGAUCGUGAAACUUUUAAAAGAUAUGUUGGUGAUGCAAUUGGAAUUAUUGCAAAAGCUUUAAAAAAACAACUUGUAAUUCCGGAUUGGCCAGCAUUUAUUACAGUUCUUGGUGAAAUUUUUGAAUCAUGUCGCGAUUUUAAUGAUGGAAAUGUAGCAACAUACAUUCCGCAAUUAGCUCGAUCAGAUCCAAAAACAUGGGCUAUGGCUGUUUGUACCAUUGAUGGACAACGUCGAUCAUGGGGUGCUACACAAGUACCAUUUUGCUUGCAAAGUGUAUCAAAACCAUUUACCUAUGCUAUUGCUAUGGAUGAACUUGGUGCAGAAGAAGUACAUAAAUAUAUCGGUCAAGAGCCAUCAGGUCGAUUAUUCAAUGAAAUUUGCUUGGAUCAUAAUCAUAAGCCACAUAAUCCAAUGAUCAAUGCAGGUGCAAUAUUAGUAGCAUCAUUACUUAAACGUUCCAAUUCACUUGCUGAUCGAUUUGAUUUUGCAUUGCAAUAUUUUAAACGAUUUGCUGCUGGUGGUUUUGUUGGUUUUAAUAAUGCUGUUUUUUUAUCUGAACGUGAAACAGCUGAUCGUAAUUAUGCAUUAUCAUAUUAUAUGCGUGAACAUAAAUGUUUUCCACCAAAAACAAGUUUACAAGAUACUUUAGAUUUAUAUUUUCAACUUUGUUCAAUUGAAACAAAUGUUGAUACAUUAGCAGUAAUGGCAGCAACAUUAGCUAAUGGUGGAGUAUCACCGUUAAGUGAGGAACGAGUUGUAUGUAAUCGAGCGGUUCGUGAUACGUUAUCAUUAAUGUAUUCAUGUGGAAUGUAUGAUUAUUCUGGACAAUUUGCUUUCAAGGUUGGUUUACCGGCAAAAAGUGGUGUAUCCGGUGAUAUGAUUAUUGUUGUACCAAAUGUUAUGGGUAUUUGUUUAUUUUCACCACCGCUUGAUCAACUUGGUAAUACAGUUCGAGGUGUAAAAUUUGCGGAACAAUUUGUGGAAAAAUUCAAUUUUCAUAAUUAUGAUAGUCUUGUUUACUCUGAAACGCAUAAGAUUGAUCCUCGAAAAAAGAUUCGAGAAGUGAAACAUGAAUCUGUAUCAAAUAUGAUGUAUGCUGCAACUACUGGUGAUAUUUCAUCUAUUCAAAGAUAUCUUUUAUUGGGUGCAAGUAUCGCUGAAAGAGAUUACGAUGAUCGUACUGUUUUACAUGUUGCUGCAGCACAUGGAAAUGAGAAUGUUCUCAAAUUUUUAUUGCAACGAUGGCAAGAAAGUCCAGAUCCAUUGGAUCGUUAUGGACGAAAACCAUUGGAUGAUGCUAGAGAAUUUGGUCAUAGUAAUUGUGUGGAAAUUUUAGAAAGAGCUUUACAAAAGUAUAUAGCAAAAAUACAAGAGAAAAAUAGUCCUUUUACAAGUUAA